AGUUCGAGCUUUUUAGAUUUGACGGAUGAGGCUUCAGCGGAUCCAAAUGUUCGCCCGUGUUGUUGUUUCAUGGAUGGGUGUCCUCGCUAGAUUCCGGGACAGGAACAGAACUUCCUGUGCUGCAGCGACACUCUUGGGGGAAAAGCUCACAGUCCCUCUGUGCCCCUGCAUCAUGGACAGGACGGCUGUGGUGCCGACCCGCAGGGUUUCGUCGCUGCCACACUUCAACACCUCAACCUCCACCUUGGCCUUCGACCAGCAUUUCACCACAAACGCCAAAGGAAUACUGCUUCUGGUGGAGAUACUGAGUGGCAUGUUGGUCUGGAUCCUGGUCGGGGGCACAGAUUACUUCCACCUGUCCGCUCUUUGCUGGGUGAUGUUUGUGGCCAUCCUGCUUUGGAUUACAACCAUAUGCCUGUUCAUAAUCUAUCUGACCGGCGUACACAACAGGAUGCCACAGAUCCCCUGGACAACGCUGUCGCUGUGUUUUAACUGCGGUGCUGCUGCUUUGUAUCUGGUGACAGCGGUGGUAGAGGCUGUCACUGUGAACCAGGCCACUAGGGGGCGACACAGCUACAACUGUUGGGCUGCUUCAGCAUUCUUUGCCUUUCUGACCACUCUGUGCUAUGCAGGAAGCAGCUACCUGAGCUACCGCGCAUGGAGAACCAAAGAGGAAGAGCAGUAGAGCCUCUUCAGACUCUCCAACUUCCUUGUGCGUCAACAGAAGUCAAAAGAUAAGGAGUGGACGAUUUCACUAUUGAUCAACGCUGUUGACGCCAUAGUUGAAGAGGUUCAAUGAUAAUUUAAAUCAAUAUGAGAAAACCAACUUGAUUUAUGGAGAAAAACCUUAUUUUCAGCAAGGUUGUUGUUUUUUGGAACUUCACAAAGAGAUGUAGUCAGAAAAAAAGUUUCCAUUUGUCUCACGUUCUCCUUUUCAGCUUAUCUUGUCAUUGUAGGUAAACAAUUGAAUUUGGAGAUGACUAAAACACAAAAAUACCUACUUAACAAUAGUAACAUUUUGCAGUUUUGUUUCUAACUUGAAUAUUUCUUUUUUAAAUAUUAAACUUUUUAGCUAAAUUAUUAGAUUAUUUACAGUAUCUUCCUCUGAAAAACAAUCCAUAUGUGACUCUUUACAAAUUGCAUGAGAGCUAAAUAUUUUGUGAGCUAUCUUUCUUGUAAUCUGUAAUCAGUAAAGAACAGUAGAUCUGAAUACAGGUACAGUAUAACAGAGGACGCAGAUGUUUUAAAAAAAUGUUUUGUUUUCAUUUAGUCAUUUAAUCGAUAAAACCAAUUCUACCUUUUA